GUUGUUUUCACGACGUUAAUCUUGUGUAUAAAUUGACAGAAGUUUGUGUAUUUUCGUUUGCUAAAACCGGACAAAAAGUGUAACAAAGUGUAGCUAAAUUCAUCCUGAAUAUUCUAAACCCGGUAGAAAUACUAACGAAACAAUUUACAAUGCAACAACAGUGAAAGAAAAAUGUUCAAAAUCUAAGAGCUGAUCCGAUUGGAUACGAAACAAAUUAUAGUGCCAAGCCCGCUGCUGCCUCUUGUGCAUACUUGAGAAAGUGAUUAAACCAGAAAUAUGUUAAAUAUGCGCUAAUUUUGUAUAUUGCAUUAAGUUGUUUCUAACGCUGCGUCGCAUAAAAGCUUUAUUUUGACAUAGUUGGUGAAUAUUAUGGAAACUUCAAUCGAUUAUUUUUUCACCGAGAAUCUGAAAUUUCCGUCAAAUUGAAACUUAAAUAAAUAAGGAAAAUGGUUCAAACUUUAAAUAACUCUCGGUUAUUGAACAAUGAAUGAAUUGGCCAAAAUUUACAGACAAACGUGUGUAUAGUUAAAAGCCAGUGCGUACUCAUUCAAAGUGCAGUGAAAAUAAUCCGGUUUACAAUUGAAUGAAGAAUUACUCAACAAUAAGCAAGCGCUAUAAAUCUGUGGAUGGGCAGUGAAUUUCAAUAGACCACGGGCCAGAAUGAAGGAGAUGGUCGGUGGUUGCUGUGUUUGCUCCGAUGAUCGGGGUUGGUCUGAGAACCCUCUGGUCUACUGUGAUGGCCAAAGCUGUGCGGUGGCCGUGCACCAGGCGUGCUACGGAAUAGUGACCGUACCAAGCGGGCCCUGGUAUUGUCGAAAGUGUGAAAGUCAGGAACGUUCAGCGCGAGUACGGUGCGAGCUAUGUCCUUCAAGGGAUGGCGCUCUCAAACGCACCGACAAUCAAGGCUGGGCGCACGUAGUAUGUGCUUUGUACAUACCGGAAGUGCGCUUCGGCAAUGUUACAACCAUGGAACCAAUCAUCCUUCAAUUAAUUCCUCAGGAGCGUUACAACAAAACAUGUUACAUCUGUCAAGAAAUGGGAAAAGGUUCUCGUUCAACUGCAGGCGCAUGCAUGCAAUGCAACAAAUCUGGAUGCAAACAGCAGUUUCAUGUUACGUGCGCGCAGCAGCUUGGAUUGUUAUGCGAGGAAGCAGGAAACUAUCUGGAUAAUGUCAAGUACUGUGGCUAUUGCCAACACCACUACAGCAAAUUAAAAAAAGGAGGAAAUGUCAAAACGAUACCCCCUUACAAACCAAUCAGUCAUGAAACUAAUUCCAGUGACGGACCUUCAUCGCCGGAGAAGGAGUUAGAACCGCUCACGACGCAGCAACAUUCCGGCAGCAACAAUAUGGGUGUAACCGGAAAUACCAGCGGUAGUAUGAAGUCAAACAAUCGACAGUAUGAUCAAAGUGGAUCGUUGUCGGCCUCAUCGUCGUCGAAACAAAGAAAAUCCUCGGGCAUGACAAAAGGUACUAUUAGUGCUGCUUCAACAUUAUCAACUCCAACAUUUGUUGCUGCCGGAAACAGUGGCCCUAAUAUUACGAGCUCGUCCCCAACGGCUGGUCCAAUCGGAAUAGCUUCGAGCGGCAAUAACAGCAGUGGGACUACUGGGGGAAGCGCUAGUAAGGGUAUUUCAUCCUCGUCCUCAUCGUCCUCCUCCAACAGUGGUAGCAGUAAAGACAAAGAUAAAUACAAUAAAGGUGUAAAUAAAGUAUCCAGUACAAAUAAAAGUCAUGACAAGGAAACCUCAUCAGGAUCUUCGGCAACAUCUUCCUCCUCGCAACGCGACAAAGGUUCCAAGUCAUCGAAAUCUGGCAGCAACAAUAACAGCGGAAGCAGCGGUAGUAUGAGCGGCAUGGGAUCUUUAGCUAGUAACCCAUCUAACGCAAGUACAAACAUCAGUGGUUCGCUUGCAAAAGAUAAUGAAAUCGCGCCAUUGGCAACCUCAAUACCAACUGGCCCCAUUAUGCCAUCAUCAGCUAUCAAAAACCAAGACGGUGCUGCGAAUAAGCCAGAAAAGACCCUGGCUCAAAUAUCCUCCGCGGCAGCAUCCUCAGCUCGAGCAGCAUCUCUCUCUCCGGCAGCUAUUCCUACUACGCUGAUUAUCAAACCUCCACACGACCACUCAGGUGCCACGAAAGAAAUUCUUUCGAAAGAUGCUAUCGCAAAAUUCACCACGUCAAACUUCACAGAAACAAUCGUUGUAAAUUCCGAUUCAGUGUUUGGAUCCACCGGCACAACUGGCAAUAGUAUUACUACCAUGGGUACCCAACCUAACAACAUGGGUAACAGUAUGAGUACUAACGUAGGAUCGGUAUCGGUUAUAGAAAGUUCUAGCUCAGCCGGUACUGCUGGAAUUGCUAACAAAACGAACAUUUCCAGCGGAAAUGCAUUCUCUUCCACGGGGCCAGGUGCUACUAAGAAGCGAAAAGCUGACGCCCGUUCUACACCAACAUCGACUGCUAAUAGUGAUAUAGACAUUAAUCGUGAUCUUAUCAAGGAUGUUGCCGUUUCUCUUGUGCCAUUGCCCUUGAAUAAAAAUGACAACAUUGAUCCAGCAGCUCUGCUUAGCAUCGAGAAGACCAUUAAGAAGGCCAAAACUGAACCCAACUCUCCUCAUCAUCCCAGUGCAGAAAUUAACCUCCAAAACGUCAGUCCCAAUCUGGUACAAUCACACGCAUCCAAUGUCAUCUCUUCGUCGAUCAAACACCAGCAACAGUCCAAUUCACCACAAUUACAACAGCAACAACAGCAGCUGCCAGGGCAACAGCACACUCCCAGUCUUGUAGUGUCGGUUCCUUUAUCGACAGCAACUGUACCUGGAAUAAAUCUACCUACGAGUAACAGUAACAGCAGUGGCAGUAGCAGCACCUCUACAGCAGCGAAUAAUGCUUCCAGCAAUAGCGGCAGCAGUAAUACACCGAACAUCAUAUCACCGAGCCAGAUGUCUUCGGGAAGCAGCUUGUAUCAACAGUUGACGCAUCGGACGGGCGAACAAAUUAUGAGUGCGACUAGUAAUCGCUCCAGCCCAAUAAUACAGCAGUCCAAUAUGCCAAGCCAUGUGAUACAAAAUCCUGCCCAUACAAUGCUCGAACGGCAUUCGCCAUCCAUGAGAUCUUCACCUGCCAUUAUUACAAGCGCUGGUUCGCAGCAACAGCAAAACAUCUUCUCUUCGGGCAGCGGAAUGGAUCUGAAUUUGGCCGGUUUAACAGCCGGUGUAUCCGUACUACAGAGCAUUUCGCCCGUGCCGAUGAGUGCCAUACAGAGCACAUCCUCCUCACCGAUCAUCCCAGGUAGUGGAGGAGAUGGUGGUUUGAAGAUUUCUUACGAAAAGCAAACUACUAACGUACGGAUCACUGCACUCCAAGAAGAGAAAUUGUCGGGACGAAGAUCCAGAUCAAAGUCAAGAGAACGCGGUGGUGGCGGUGGUGGUAGCGGAAACGGAAGCAGCACCGGUGGCGGUAAAACACGAACAUCCAAGAAACGCUCACUACAACAUCAACAGCUGCUGCGUUCCUCGCCAUUGGUCAACACCGGCUCGUCAUCCUCUUCCUCCUCUUCCUCUGCCAACAACGCAUUGUAUGCUAACGAGCCCACCACCACCAGUCGUAGUUCGACUCCUAGCAAUAGCCACUUAAACGCUAACAACAAUAAUCAGCCUAACCUGACCCUUAAUAGUAGUAGCAGUAAUACUAGCCACACUAACUCUGCCAGCGGCAAUACCAACAACAGUUUGCUGAUUAAUUCAACCGCAACAAGUAUCAUCGGGCCGUCUGCCCAAACUCAAUUAGAUAAACUUUCCCAAUCCGCAUCCUCUGCUUCAUUUUCUGCAACCGCUACUGUAAACGUUUCCAACUGUUCAUCUGUCGCAAUUUCCACUGUAACAUCCACUGCUGCUUCCGGCACGCACGUUAUCGAGACGAUUGGUUCCGUCUCUAGUUCGUCCAACAGCUUCCAAGGUAACCAUGCAGGAGGCCCGGGUGGUCAAUCGCAACAUAUGAUUAUCGGCAGCAGCAGUAUUGCAAGUGGUAACAGCAUCAACAGCAGCCACUCUGGCAGUAACAACAACAAAAACAAUAGUAGUAAUUUAAUAGCUGGCACUGGUACAGACCACGGUCAUGGCACUCCUAGUAGCAAUAACACCAGUAGUAACAGUAACAGUAAUAACGCUAUGGUGGUCACACACACCAGCAAAAAGCUAAGGUCCUCACAACCAAUGGUUGAAAUACCCUCGCCAUCUAAUUCCAGAACACCGGACAAUAGUUUCGGUUCCAAUUCAUUUACCAACAGCAGCGGAGGGGGACUAAAAUUUUCCUACGAAGCUCAACCGUCCAAUCCUGCAGCAAUCGGAGCGACUGCUACCAUUAUUACACCGCAAACAAUGGUAAAGGAAUCACCACCGAGUUCACCCGGAUCGGACUCCGGCAUGGUUCGAAGUAACAAGCGAAAUCGGAAACUAUCGACAAACUCGAAUGCCGGUUCGAGUGCGCCACAUGAAGCAAAAGAAAUCAAGCUGUUCCAAAAUGGUGUCGUCCAUGCGACCCAUAUGCUGGGCAACCAGCUUAACCCUAACAGUAGUGUGGCGCAAAAAAUGUCUGACCAACUGACGAUGGAGAUGGAGUCCCACACGUUUGUUGAGGCAGCGCCGCAGCUGGUGGGCCCACCCUUUCCCGGAAAGAUACAAGCGUCACGAACGCACAAUGCAUCUGCGACAGGGGGACCUUCGCUGACCUCAAUGCUCACGGGUAGCGGAACAGCUACUGCCAAUGGAAAUACACCACAAAGUUUAGAACAACUACUAGAGCGACAAUGGGAACAAGGAUCUCAAUUUUUAAUGGAACAAGCGCAACAUUUUGACAUUGCGUCUUUGUUGUCCUGCUUACAUCAGUUACGAAGUGAGAAUAUUAGGCUAGAGGAACAUGUCAACAAUCUAGUGGCUCGAAGAGAUCAUCUACUGGCCGUAAAUGCAAGACUGGCAAUUCCCUUAAAUCCCACUGCACUAGGCGGCGUCGGUCUCACGGGAAGUGGCUCGGCUGGACCAGGAAGUACUGGCACUCCAAACGCAGGAAGCGGUAACACAAACUCUACAGGAUCUCAAGGGCAAUUCAACAACAUGCACGGUAAUGGUCCCCAUGAAGCGAGCGGAGGUACUACCAAUACCACAACUAUUUCCAGUCGAAGUAGUCGGAUACAGCAACAUCAAACUCAGCAACAGCAACAAUCGCAAUCUCAUUUCGGUGGCAGUACGGCUAACCAGAUACCACUUGAAAAUGGUAUCGAUUUCCGACACUCAGGGUCUGCCCAUCAGAGCUCCAAUAGCUCUUCGAUCAGUGAGAAGCCCAACACAAUCUACGUCAAUUUCUGAGGGUUAUCUUUCUAAAUUUACGAAGCCGAUGUGAAGGAUUUGUGUUGCUAGCCGUUUAUAAAUAUUUGGUCAAGUCAUACACACAUCUUACACUCCUAAAGAUACAAAACUAAACACGGGCAAUAUUUAGUUCUAUACAAGUUUAAUGUGUUCUUUUACGAAGAAGGUGUGAAUCUUUGAUAGACAAUAUGACACGUUUGUUCGUGGCCAUAACAGCGUUUCCGCGAACUUGACUAUUGUUAAAAGCAAACUAGAGUUUGACAAAGUGAUCUGUUGUUUCAACAAGAAACAACCGUUAAAACAAUGUUCUAGUAAUGCUUUUAUAUUAUACUAUAUUUUGUACAUCUGGUUGUCCUGCCUUUUAGGUUUAGUUUAUCUUUCGAUUCUAACUUAUACUUGGUUUACAAGGCAAAUGUCAGACUAGUUAGUGGUAGCCACAAGAAAUAUUUAAUUUAAUUAUUUUGUAGAAAA